AUGGCAUCGAUCCGUAGACAACAACCUAAUUUCCUAAGCUUUGAGGCUCGAAAGAGGGAGGAUAUGGUAAUCGAUUCGUUCUCUUUAGUUCAAUUUCUGCAAAGGACAUUCGCAGCUUUGGCUCUUGAAAGAGACAGAGAUGAUGAGUAUGAGCUGAAGUGGGCAGCAAUUGAGAGGCUCAAGCAGGAUGACUCUCCUACUAGGGACCUCCAGGAUGUGGAAAGACUACAUUUUUUGCUGGAUUCGGAGGCAGUUAGGCUCACAUUACAGAAGCCAUUGUGGUGUUUACUUCUCUCAGCCGCUGAGACCUAUGUCUCUUUGAUGAUGUUCAUCUUGAUGGGGAAGAUGUCCAGAAGAAAGGAUGAAGCCGAAUUCCUUCAGGAAGGUUUAAUCCAGAAAAGAAAUAGAAACAGUACUUCCAGCUUUGGCUCUGAAAGAGACAGAGAUGAUGAGUAUGAGCUGAAGUGGGCAGCAAUUGAGAGGCUAUCCACAGUAAGGAGGAUGAGAACAUCGGUUCUUGAUCAAACUGUAAGUGGUGAUGAAGAACAAAAGGAGAAGAAGGUAGUUGAUGUUGCCAAGCUCGGAGCUCUAGAGAGGCGGUUGUUUGUUGAGAAGCUCAUCAAGCACAUUGAGAAUGACAACCUCCGCCUGUUACAAAAACUAAGAGGAAGGAUAGACAGGGUAAAUGUCAAAUUGCCAACGAUAGAAGUACGAUAUAAGAAUUUGUGUGUGGAAGCAGAAUGUGAAGUAGUCCAAGGGAAGCCUCUACCCACUUUAUGGAAUUCUGUCAAAGGCAUUUUACUGGGUCUCACGAAGGUAACAGGACUGAAAGCUGAAAGAACGAAGAUAAGCAUCCUAAAAGAUAUAAGUGGGAUUAUCAAGCCAUCCAGGAAAUUUUCUUGGACUCUGUAUUACAGGAUGACUCUCCUACUGGGACCUCCAGGAUGUGGAAAAACUACAUUUUUGCUGGCAUUGGCAGGGAAAUUAGACAAGUCUCUAAAGGCUACAGGAGAAAUUUGUUACAAUGGCUUCAAAUUUGAGGAGUUUGUUCCAGAGAAAACAUCAAGUUAUGUAAGCCAACAUGACUUGCACAUCCCUGAGAUGACGGUAAGAGAGACAUUAGAUUUCUCAGCACGGUUCCAAGGUGUUGGAUGUCGGGCAGAAAUUAUGAAGGAAGUCAGUAGAAGGGAGAAACAAGAAGGAAUAAUCCCUGAACCAGACAUAGAUCUAUACAUGAAGGCAAUUUCUAUGGAGGGAUUAGAAAGAACAUAUCACAUUGGACAGAGACUUGAUGAGGAGCUAUUAAAGCCAUAUGACAAGUCCCAAAAUCAUAAAAAUGCUUUAUCCUUCAGUAUCUAUUCCUUGCCUAAAUCGGAACUAUUUAAGGCUUGCCUAGCAAGGGAAUUUCUCCUAAUGAAAAGGCAUUCAUUUACAUACAUAUUCAAAACAACCCAGCUUACAAUUAGUGCAAUCAUCACGAUGACUGUUUUCUUGCGUACAACCCUUGGAGUGGAUGUUCUUCAUGCCAAUAACUAUCUGGGUGCACUCUUUUACACACUUCUUAGCAUCAUGUUCAAUGGAUUUCCAGAGUUGGCUUUGUCUGUGUCAAGACUUCCAGUUUUCUAUAAGCAAAGAGAUUUUUACUUCUAUCCUGCAUGGGCUUAUGCAAUUCCAGCUAUUCUCUUAAAAAUCCCUAUUUCCUUGCUAGAAUCCUUAUUGUGGAUAUCUAUUACUUAUUAUACAAUCGGGUACAGUCCGGAGGGAAUAAGGUUCUUACGCCAAUUUGUUCUACUAUUCGUUGUGCAUCAAAUGUCAAUAUCCAUGUUUCGUUUCCUUGCUUCUUACUUCCAAACAAUGGUGACUUCUAUAGUCAGUGCUAACUUGACAUUGUUAAUUGUCCUGGCAUUUGGUGGCUUCAUUAUCCCACAAUCCUACAUACCUGGUUGGCUAAAAUGGGGAUUUUGGAGUUCACCAUUAACGUAUGCAGAGAUAGGUUUUGCAGUAAAUGAAUUCCUUGGACCACGAUGGAAGAUUCCAUCAGCAAAUAGGACUGUAGGACAGCAAGUUUUGACAAGUCGUGGACUGAACUUCAGUGGAAACUUUUACUGGAUAUCAUUGGGUGCAUUAAUUGGAUAUAUUUUACUCUUCAAUAUUGCCUUUACUUUAGCCAUGACUUUCAAAAAACCACCUGGGCGGUCUCGUGCCAUAAUUUCCAGUGAAAAGCUUUCUCAAAUACAGGGAGGAGAUCAUAAUAACACAAUAGACAUGACAAACACUUGCACAUAUUUGUCUAACGGAAGUCCUAAAGAAAGUAAAAGAACUAGGAGAACGGUUUUGCCUUUUAUGCCCCUCAUAGUAACAUUUCAGGAUGUGCAAUACUAUGUAGAUACACCUCUGGAAAUGAAAAAACAAGGGUAUGCAGGGAAAAAACUGCAGCUACUACACAAUAUUACAGGUGCAUUCCAGCCUGGAGUUCUUACAGCACUGAUGGGUGUCAGUGGAGCAGGAAAGACUACACUUAUGGAUGUUCUUUCUGGAAGAAAAACUGGUGGUACAAUUGAGGGGGAAAUAAGAAUUGGUGGAUAUCCUAAGGUACAAGAAACCUUUGCUAGGAUAUCAGGAUACUGUGAGCAGAAUGAUAUACAUUCUCUGCAGGUUACCGUUGAAGAAUCAGUAGUAUAUUCAGCCUGGCUACGGCUUCCAAGUCAAAUUGAUCAAACUAGUAGAUCUGAAUUUGUAAACGAAGUCCUCGAAACUAUUGAGCUUGACGAAAUCAGAGAUUCUUUAGUUGGGAUGCCUGGGGUGAAUGGUUUAUCUACUGAGCAACGGAAACGUCUAACAAUUGCUGUAGAGCUGCGCUCAUCUGGGGUCAUUGCUUGGAAUAUUAACCCCUUUGAAAGGUACUUUAACGGAGGAAAAGAUCUGUUCCUAAAUACUUCGCCCAUCUUCGUCUUUCUCGCCACGGUUAGAAUGGGCCUCAAGAAAAAGACUACUUCUAAACCGAAGUUUGCCGAAGCUCAGGGUGCUUCUUCGGCUAGAACCUCUGGUGAUGAUCAAAUCCCCACGCCUUUGUCACCGGUUUCUUCAGCUAAUGGUAAGGUUGAACCAUUGGAGGUUGAUUCAACAGAUCUCUCGGAGCCUCUUUCCUUCAACCACUACUUCGGUCAUGCGGGAGGUGCGGAGAAAAAUACAGCCUUCAGCUUUGCCUUCGAGUAUCUAGUGUUUCAGAAUGCCUAUAAAGAACGAUCGAAGCUCAUCACUCAAGCCUUCCCCGAGAUUCUUAGAUCCUUGGUCACGGAUGCUAAAUUUGAGACCGCUGAACGUGAAGUUUUAAAGAAGCCGUCUUUCCUCUUCGGGGAUUCUGUUAAGAUGGACCCCAAGCGGGUGUCGGAAGGGAACUACAAAUGGCUGAGGACCAUAUGUGCGCAAACUACUGGCAAAAGAGCAAGCGGUGUAAAACAAGGACAAUGGACGGAGUAUCUUUUCCGAAACUUGUGGGACAAGGAGGCUGAGGUGACUCGUUUAGUCGCCAGUACUCUCGAGGAGAUCACAGAACGCAUCAACGACACCACCUCUCAUUAUACUUGCGAGGUAGAGGAGGAUGUCUUCCCAACCUUCACCACAUUCGAAAGCUUCCACUAUCAGGCAGAAGUCCCUAUCUCUGACAUGGCUUUGUUCGCUGGCUUUCUGACCCUUUGGUUGAAGCGUUGCGUGGUACCCACAAGACCGAUGACGCUAUUGCAGUAG